AGCGCUCGUUCCUUCCCAGUCACAUCUGCCCAACUACAAGUCGCGGUCAUGUCAUGAACCAACUGAAUACAACUUUUCAUGGACCAUAACAAAAACUAUUUUGUAGAAAUAAAAAAAAAGUGAAUUUUAUGUUUUUUUUUUGAUAAUCUAUGAGUGUAUAAUAAAAUAAGAUAAAAAGUUAGUGUUUAAUGACUUUUAAGUAUGUUGUGUUAGUUUAGUUUUAGUGUUUUGGAGAAGUGAAGUAUUAAGCCGUGUCGACUGUUGGUCGUAUUACAACUAAAUUUCAUCACUUCGACACCGGAAACAUAAUUGAGAAUGUUAAGAACAAAGAAGAGAAGACACCACAAAAAAUAUAAAGUUCGCUAAAUUAUGAGCCAUUGGUCAUGAUGAUAGAAGAAGGAGGUCGUGGAACGUCGAAACGUGCGAUAAGAACCGACCCUCCGCCGACAGAAGAACCCAACUGCUGUUUUCUAUCUCGUAGAGAUGACACAAGGCUGUUCUGCUGCCGAUGUGCCCAUAAACGUCGCGCGUCUCCCCUUACGUGUCUAGCAAUAUGCUUCCUCGUCCUAACUUACAACCUCCUUGGAGCAUUUUUAUUCCUCGCCAUAGAAGGAAAUUCAAUCCCUGAGGAAACGUCCGUCGCUGCGUCUAAACCAAACCUGAGCCAAUCACAAAGCGGUGAUUUAAGAUCCAAAACAGUAGAACGUCUCUGGUCCAUAACGGAGGAUUUGAAUAUACUCUACAAGGAGAACUGGACAAAGCUGGCGGCAAAAGAGUUGAUGGAUUUCCAGAGAAUUCUUGUAAAGUCCAUGCAAGCUGGAGAUAUACCUAACAUUUCUUCACAUUACGAUUCUAUUGACUACCGUUGGACGUUUGCUGGCAGUUUUCUGUAUGCACUUACUCUAAUAACUACUAUUGGUCAUGGAAGAGUCACUCCGAAAUCAUCCACUGGAAAGCUAGUAGCGGUAGCAUACGCAUGUGUCGGCAUACCCCUUAUAAUGCUCUAUUUGUCAACAAUCGGCGAAGCACUUGCAAGAAAUUUUCGAGCCCUCUACUCCAAACUUUGCCCAGCGAGACUAAAAAGCGGAGAUUUUCACACAAAAGCCGAUUGUCUCAGUAGAUACACUCUGCCCGGUGUGGAGUGCAGGCAAUUCGUAGACUGUGAUAGAAAAGAUAAACUAUACGAUCGUCAGAAGCGAACGCCGUUCCAAGCUGCGCUUAAUCUUGACAGCUUUAGUGGCGGAUAUCAUUGGACGUGUCGGGACCAUACGCGAGUGCCGAUCGUUAUAAGUUUACUUCUCAUCGUCCUGUAUAUAGCUUUAGGUACGUUUGUAUUCCAUUCAACGGAAAAGUGGACCUUUGUCGAUGGAUGCUACUUUUCUUUCUCAAGCCUUGCGACUAUAGGCUUCGGGAAUCUAAAGCCAGGGUUGUACGCCAGCACCGUGUCGGCGAAAGCGGAAGACAUGGCUGUGGGUGUGUGCUGUAUAUACAUUUUAGUGGGGAUUGUGGUGGUAGCUAUGUGUUUCAAUUUAAUUCAGGAGGACAUGAGUUUGAUGUUACGCGGUUUCACAGCACUCUGUACCGGCGGUUCGAAAGCUCGAGCAAUUCACAACGUGGAGAAAUGUGAGGAUAAGAUUUCAAUGGCGGUGGUGUCUUGACAUAGAGAGGCGGCUGACGGGCCGCCGGUCUGCCAGGAGAAGAGGGCACAAGUGACUUUUAAGAUUGACAGCUCGAAUCCAACGAAGUUCAACAGCUUGCCGCGGCGGAAAUCCUCAGCGUACGGGGAAGAGAGUUUCCAGAGAAACACGCCAGCUCGUCGGUCAGCUGGGCAUGCGGAGCGUUGUGUCGAAUAUUUUGUACCGCGUAGUUUAAGUGAGUUUAACCUAAGUGGGGCUGGUGUGGGGGCGAGCGAGCUGGUAUCCGUCGGUGUUAGCUCCUUUAGUGACAAGGCUCGGGUCAGACGCGACAAAAUGGUGACUUUUGAAGACGAAAGCGCCGGCUCUGAGAAUCGUGUGCUUGCGGAUGACGUGUUCAUGUAAUUAGACACUUUCACUUAUGUAACUAAGUAUAAAGUUGUUGGUUUGGACACGAUUUGUUAUAUAUUAAUAAAGUUUUGCAAU